CAUUAAAGCUACUAUUUCGUUAAUAAAGUUUCCUAAGAUAAGUAUUUACCUUUCCGAAACAAUUUUCAAAUAGGAAAGUAUUAAUAAGAUGUUUAAAAAAUUGUUUUGUCGACUUAAGACUAAAAAGUAUUCAUUGGUAAUAAUAUUAGUAUUUUUAGCAUUAUCUAUAUUAUGCCUCCAUUUUUGGUUGAUUCCCUCAGUAUUUGGUAAUUAUAAUGAUACAUGUUACCUUGACGAAGAAGGAAAAAACAGUCUUCAUUUUAUUUUAAGUACAUUAAUUAAAUCGUUUGAAAAGUAUAACGUUUUUUAUUGGUUGGAUUAUGGUACAUUACUUGGAGCAAUGAGACAUGGAGAUAUUUUAUCCUGGGAUCAUGAUGGAGAUAUCUCAAUAUUAUUAAAUGAUUCAAAUCUGGAGAAUGCUCUUGCAGAAAUUCGUAGUAAUGGAGUUGAAGCCAAUUCAAUGGUUGCACAGUUCAAUGGUUUUCAUGUAGACAUUGUAAGAUGGAACAAGUAUAAAAACAACAAUGGUGAAUGGAUUCUUGAAAAGUACUACCCACCGUGGAAUCAAGAUAAUUCAUUUGUAAAAUUACACAGAAAAUUUGAAUCAUUUUCAUUUUCUUUAGUUGAAAGAAGAAAACAUGUUUUGUUUAUAAAUCAAACUUCAUCUGUUCCUUUAGACUCUGAAAAACUUAUUAAAUUUCGUUAUCCUUGGACAUGGCGAGUAUCAUUUCCUUACAAAUGGAAAUGUUGGUUUUCAUGGUUUAAAUAAACUUUGUUAUAAAUUUUUUGACUUAUUUUAUGUUCUUAAUGGCAAAAUAUUUUAAAGGUAAUGCUUUUUUUAUUAAAAUAUUAAUUAAUAAUAUUAAUACAUUAUAUAUAGAAUGUAUAUAGUUAAAAGAUAUUGUUAUUUUUUUUUCAGAUUGUGUUUUACUAAAUCAACGUUUAAUUUUGAUAU